AUGGGAGAGAGGAUGAUCCAAGAGGAGCGAAAGAGGGUGCAUCAGGAGGAGCAUAAGAGGUUGAGUGAGGAUGAGCGAAAGAAUUUGACCGAGAAGAUGCGAGAGAAGUGUACCCGAGAUGUGAUUGAGAAGCAAAGGCUCAUCCGUUGGAUCCUCUUGUUACAAGAAUUCGAUGUCGAAAUUAAAGACAAGAAGGGGUCGGAAAACUUGGUAGCGGAUCAUUUAUCCCGCUUGGUGAAUGUCGAGGUUACCGCAUCUGAAAAGGAAAUCCGGGAAGAAUUUCCUGAUGAAAAAUUGUUUAAGGUUCAAGUUAGGCCGUGGUUUGCAGACUUUGCAAACCACAAGGCUAGUGGUUGUGUGCCGGCCGACCUAACUUCGAACCAAAAGAGGAAGUUCCUUUCGGAUGCGAAGUAUUAUGUUUGGGAUGACCCAUACUUGUUUAAGUUGGGUAGCGAUAACCUGUUAAGGAGAUGCGUAACUGACGCACAUACCCAUGCGCAAAGUUGUGACAGUUGCCAAAGAAGUGGUGGGAUAGGUAAGAGAGAUGAGAUGCCUCUCCAAAAUAUCCAAGAAGUGGAAGUGUUCGAUUGUUGGGGCAUAGAUUUUGUUGGACCUUUCCCACCCUCUUACGGGAAUGAGUACAUGCUUGUAGCUGUUGAUUAUGUCUCUAAGUGGGUUGAGGCGAUUGCCUCACCUCGGGCGGAUGCCAAAACGGUGAUAAAAUUUUUAAAGAAAAACAUCUUUUCCCGUUUUGGAACCCCCCGAGUGUUGAUAAGUGACGGAGGGUCACACUUUUGCAAUGCACCUUUGGAAACAAUUCUAAAACAUUAUGGUGUGUCGCAUAGGGUGACAACUCCGUAUCACCCUCAGGCUAACGGGCAAGCGGAGCUCUCUAAUCGAGAGAUUAAGAGAAUCCUAGAAAAAACCGUGUCUAAUUCUAAAAAAGAGUGGUCCCAAAAAUUGGACGAAGCAUUAUGGGCCUACCGUACGGCCUUUAAAGCUCCAAUUGGCCUAACUCCGUUUCAAUUGGUAUUUGGUAAAACUUGCUAUUUGCCGGUUGAAUUGGAGCACAAGGCCUUGUGGGCCCUAAAAUUUCUAAAUUUUGAACAUGAGUUGGCCGGUAACAAAAGGAAAGUACAACUACUUGAGUUGGAGGAGAUGCGCAAUGCCGCAUACCACUCAAGUUGGUUGUACAAGGAAAAAGCAAAGAAGUAUCAUGACAAGAAGAUCCCCGACAAAAAUUUCUACUGUUUUUUGGACGGGUACUCGGGGUACAAUCAAAUUUCGGUCAAUCCAGCGGAUCAUGAGAAGACAGCUUUUACAUGUCCUUUUGGCAUCUUUGCUUACCGAAGAAUGCCUUUUGGGUUAUGUAAUGCAUUGACAACAUUUCAACGGUGCAUGCAAGCUAUAUUCUCGGACUUAAUAGAAGAAUGCAUUGAGGUGUUCAUGGAUGAUUUCUCCGUUUACGGAUCAUCUUUUGAUUUGUGCUUAAAACAUCUUGAUGUGGUUUUGGGAAGAUACGUGGAGACCAACUUAGUGCUCAAUUGGGAAAAAUGCAACUUCAUGGUUACCGAAGGUGUUGUACUCGGUCACAAGAUCUCCUCCGAAGUAUUAGAGGUUGACAAAGCCAAGGUGGAAGUCAUUGAGAAAUUACCACCCCCAACAAAUAUAAAAGGAAUAAGGAGCUUUCUCGGACAUGUCGGUUUCUACCGGAGAUUCAUCAAAGAUUUUUCAAAGAUAGCAAAGCCAUUGAGCAACUUGCUUAACAAAGGUACGCAUUUUCUUUUCGAUGAGUCGUGUCUCAAAGCUUUCCUUGAUUUAAAAGAAAAGCUAGUCACCGCACCCAUAAUCGUGGCACCAAACUGGAAACUUGAUUUUGAACUUAUGUGUGACGCAAGCGAUUAUGCGGUUGGUGCAGUGUUGGGUCAAAGAAGAGAUAAAGUUUUUCAUGUUAUCCACUAUGCUAACGGUUACUCAGGCUUCUUUCAAAUACCAAUUCAUCCUGAUGACCAAGAAAAGACAACAUUCACGUGUCCUUUUGGCACCUUCGCUUAUAGACGAAUGCCGUUUGGCUUGUGCAAUGCUCCUGCAACCUUCCAAAGGUGCAUGAUGGCGAUAUUCGCCGAUUUUCUCGAAAAUAUCAUGGAAGUAUUUAUGGACGACUUUUCUGUAUGCGGACAAAGCUUUGAAGAAUGUCUUGAAAACAUAGAAAGAGUUCUAGAACGAUGUGUAAAAGUAAACCUAGUACUUAAUUGGGAAAAAUGUCACUUUAUGGUACAAGAAGGAAUUGUUUUAGGACACAUCAUCUCAAAUAGAGGAAUUGAAGUAGACAAAGCCAAAAUAGAGGUAAUCGAAAACCUUCAACCUCCGAAAACUGUGAGAGAAGUACGAAGCUUCUUAGGACAUGCCGGUUUUUACCGACGAUUCAUUAAUAACUUCUCUAAAAUAACUAAACCUUUGACCGGACUAUUGAUGAAGGAUGCUGAGUUCAUCUUCGACAAUAAAUGCUUAGAAGCAUUCCAAACGCUUAAACAAGCAUUGAUCUCCGCACCCAUAAUGCAGACACCAGAUUGGAAUGAACCAUUCGAAAUAAUGUGUGAUGCCAGUGAUUACACCGUGGGCGCUGUUUUAGGACAACGAAAGAAUAAAAAGCUUCACGUCAUAUAUUACGCAAGUAGAACUCUAGAUGAAGCACAAAUGAAUUACGCCACAACCGAGAAAGAACUCUUAGCAGUGGUGUUUGCACUAGAUAAGUUUCGUUCUUACUUGGUCGGAGCUAAAAUAAUCGUUUACACCGACCACGCUGCUAUCAAGUACCUCUUAACAAAAAAGGAUGCUAAACCU